AUCAUCAAAAUAAAAAUAAUCAAAAUUGAUUCGUUAUUAUCACAUUUUCAGUUGUAUUUUUAUCAAUCGGUAAUGCGCAUUAACAUCAGGUAUUAUUACUUUUAAUAUUAUCAUGAUUCAUUGUUAUCGCCGAUUUCCGUAAUAUGUUUUAGAGAAAUGUUUUAUUAUUUUCAUCAAUUAUAAUGAAAUGUAUAAUUCAAUUAAUGCACCAAACGCGAAUGGUGCCCUUGAUCGGCCUAUACGCUCUUCCGACGUCGUUUUGUUUAAAUCCGAUUCAAAAGUGAUUAACAUAAUAUUAUUAUCGUUGAACUGUAAUAAUAAUUAUCAUAAAAUGAAAAGAAAAUAGACUGUUCAAUGUUCAUAUAGCAGGAUUGAUUGGUCAGUUAGUUGUUCAUAUUCAUUGUUAGGUACUCUUUUAUAACAAUAACGUCCGUGCACAACUAGAAUUUUUGUGUUCCCGUCCACAUGAGUAGCAGUGAUGUCCACACAAGAAAAGUUUACUGCGGCCAUAAACGUCAUCAGGAGUUUACCAAAAAAUGGGGCAUACCAACCAUCCAAGGAACUUCUGCUUCGGUUUUAUGCAUACUUCAAGCAAGCAACAAUAGGACCUAACAAUCAGCCCAAACCCAGCUUUUGGGAUGUCGUUAAUCGAGCAAAAUGGCAAGCUUGGUAUAAUUUAGGUGACAUGUCAAAAGAGAAUGCAAUGCAAGAAUAUGUAGAUGAGUUAAAAAAAAUUGUAGAAACUAUGGCUUAUACAAAUCCUGUGGCUGAUUUUGUAUCUAGCUUGGAUUCGUUUUAUGAAUCAGUUUCCAUUGAUGACUUAGAAAUGGUGGUUGGUCCAAUAGAACGAGGCAAUUUAAUAGAAAAAAAUAGCUGCAGCAUAGUUUCAUCAAUAAAUGAACAUCAAGAUAUAGCAGAUACAGAAAUAGAUGAAGAAUGUUUUCAUGAUGUAUUAGAAUCAAGUGAAGAGCGUUUGAUCAAUGUUCAAAAUGUUAAUCAAUAUUUAAGUUCUAGUGACUAUAUUGAAGAUUUUGUGUCCAACAAUUACAUUCCAGUAUCUCAACAAAAUGGGGAUAGUAUGAUACAGUUAAAAUGUGCAAACGACUUUUUAGAUGAAUUCAAAUUACAAAUAAGAAAUACAGUGUCCUCUAUGAAGUAUGAUCUGGAUGUUAUAACAAAUAGAGUUGUUAAAAUAGAAUUGAAAUUAGAAGAGAUAAAAACAAGAGAACAAAAUCAUUCUCAAGCUCCAUAUUAUAAUUUAUGCCAGAUGGUGGUCUUAAUUGGUUGGCCCAUUAUUGUUCAGCUAAUAUUCAAUUGGUUUAAAAGGCGAAAUAGACAAAAAGCCUUAAACGUAAAAACUUUGUGAUAUUAUACUAGAAUUGAAAUUUACUUUGAUUGAUCUAUUGUAUCAUUUUCAGUUUAAAAUAAUACAAGCUUAGUGAUACAAAUCAUUAAAUUAUUGUUUACAUUAAGUAGUUGUAUCCUCUUAGGUAUUAAAUAAUACAUUUUAUCUAAAAGCAAUUUCUUUCAUAUAGCAAGCAUAUAAAGAAUUGUUGAGAAUUUUACCAUAUAUUUUUACCUAUGCAUUAACUUUGUUAUUAAUGCAUAUUAAUAUUUUAUUUACUUUUAAAAAAUAUUUUUUUUUAUUACACUCACAAUCACACUAGAUAAUUAUAGAUAUUAUUUUAUUUUUAUAAAAUAGAAAAUCAUUUAAUACAAACAUAUUAGUACAUGGAUUGGUGGUCUUAAAACUUUUUUAUUUUUCUUAUUAUUUAACCACAUUUUUUUUAUUCAAACGUUAUGAAUCAUUUAUAAAUAGUUAUUCUUAAAUUUCUAACUACCUUUUUUAACAUUAAAAAGUAUAUUAAAGUAUGUUUUCUAUAAUAAUAAAAUAAUUAUUAUUUGCUCAAUAUUGUUUUAUAGAAAGUAAUAAAAUAUAAUAUUUUGAACUUUUUGAAUUUGAAAUUUAUAUGCAACCACAAUAAAGAGAAAAUAUAUGUAUUUGAUUAGAAUAAAUUAAAAAGUAAAAACAUUUUAAUAGAAAAGAGUUCCCCCAUUAAAAUAUUUGUUUCAACUGAUUUAACCAUUAGAAAUGUUUUUAUUUAAAGAAAAAUUAUAUAUAACUAAAUUUAAUAAUUAGUUCAAAAUAUUUUUGUUUAGAACUAUGUAGUAGAUAAAAGUAAGGUAAACCUAAUUAUUUAUUUAUCAUUACAUAUGAUAUAAUAUUUUUUUAGUCAUAAAACAUAAGUAUAUAUUAUUAAUUAUUAUACAUUUCAUUUAAAACAACAUAUCCUCCAAUAUAAAAUUUAUAAUGAAUUAAAAAUGUACGAUUAUAAAUUGUAUAUAAUUAAUAAUUAAAAUAAAAUAUACUUUUCUAGGCUCAUUGAUUUAAUUAAUAAUCGUGUUUUACUUUCUUAUUUUAUUUUUAUUUUCCACAAAUUAUGUAAAACUUUUUUGUUAUUUUAGUCAUAUAAAAAUGAAUGUAAUACACAAUGUAUACUGAUAUUUAUUGUAUGACAUUAAACACCAAUUAAAUAAUGUAUAGUAAUUGUACAAUAUAUUAUUAUAUAGAUUUCAAAAUACUGAUUCAUAACUUGUAUAUUAAAAUACAGUUAAAUAAUUGGAAAAUAUUAAUUUGUAUUGGACAAUGCAGUUAUAGUUUAAUAUGUAACUAUUAACAAUUUAAUUUGAAUCUCCUUAAUGAUAACUAGAACUAUUACAUUUUUUUUAUCAAUUAUUCUUUUAUACUCAAAUAUUGUUUUGUUAUGUAAUAUGUAUAUAUAUUUAGGAAGUAAUAUAUGAUGACUGAUCCAAAUACUAAAAAAAACUAUUUCAAUGAGUAGUAUCAAACAAAGUAAAAUUGUUAUUUUUUUAUUUUUAUUUUAUUUUAUUUUUUUUUUUUUAUUCAGUGUUAGAAAAUUUUAUCAUGUUAUUUAUUUUAUUAUAUAAUAUGAAAUAUUCUGUAAAAAUAUCUAGAUUUUUAUUUAACUUAUAUUUGUGUGUACAUCACAUAGGUAAUUUUAUUUUAUUUGUAAAUGAAAAUUUAAUAUUUAAAUUUAAUCUAGUAUAUUUAUUUUAAUUUCAUUGUGUCAGUAGUAUGUAUGUCUGAAUCAAAACGCACCAUCAAAUCUUUGUAAAAUAAAAAUCUACAUAGAAAAAUUUAUGUUUUGCUCAAAUUUGAAUUUGUAGAGUACUAUGUAAAUGUGUUUGAAAUAAAUAAUACAAUUUCGCAAUGUUUUAAUGUAUUAAAAUAAUUACAUUUUUUUUAUGUUUAUGAAGUAAAAAUUAUUGAUAAAUGGUGUUUUUUGUAUCAGCUACUAAUUUUUAUUAUUAUUGUUAUGUAAUGAAUAAUCUUAAUUAUAUUUUUUAUGGAGAAGGUUAUGAAAUUGUUUAUUAUUCUAGAAUUUUUUCAUUUAAUAAAUAUUACACUUUUUAA